AUGGCACCUGUUCCUCAUCCUUCACAUUCUGCAACACCAAGCUCCGCUCCUCCCCCCGGUCCGACUUCUAAUACUCCUGCAAAUUCUGUUGCUGCCUCUGCAAGUUCUGCCACUGCAUCCCCCGUGGUGCUACCCACGGUGCCAAAGAGUAUUAUCUCCCUGACAGAUUUACAAGGAAUGUUUACUUCAGCUACUCCUGCAGUUCCUAUGCCUAAUGGCUCUUAUCCUCAAGUGGUAUAUGUUCCCUCUCAACCAGUUCAUCAAAUGGCCAGUACCCCCACUGGAUCGGCCUAUAUGACACAUCACCACCAACAUCCAAUGCAACAGAUUCCACUACAGCAUCUGCAACAGCAACAACAACAGCAACAGCAGCAUCAACAACAGCGACUACCUUAUGGAAUGAGACCUUCGGUGCCUUACAUUCCCCAGGGUCAACAAAUGAUGGUAUCGUCAGCUGGAGGUCCACCUCCAUUACUGAAAAAUGUCUCUUCAUAUUUUUCCAUUGGUACCGUAGGAUCCUUGCCUCCUCAUUUGACUCCAACCAACCCGUCAGCAUCGAGCCUUCCGACUCCCAUGUCUAAUGCAGGGCACCCGCAAGCUUACACCCAUAGUCAUCAUCGCAGUCAGAGCAACAGUUAUAGCCACGACAGUGGUAAACCGGAUAGCACUAAGCUCGGUGGUCAGGUACCACCUCGCAAGUCAAGCACAGCGCUGGUAACAUCUGCAGCAACUAAUAAUAAUGACUCCAAUACGAAUCCCAAUAAUAACAGCGGUAAUGAUAGUGGAACAGCAAUCACUGGUGGUUCUGGAAACACUGUUGCGGCUUCUUCAGAUGCAGCACCAUCGCCUGCUUCCAGUUCAGCUUCUGCUGCUGCUGCUGCUGCUUCAGUGUCUUCUGCGGUUUCCACUCGUACCCCUGUGUCAACUUCUGCCUCUGCUCCUGGUCCUGCUUCGACCCCUGUUACAGGAGCAUCUGGUUUGGCUGUGUCUACUAACACCACUCCUGUUGCUCCACCUACGGUAGCCACACCUGUAUCUGCUUCGCAAGCUGGUGCAGCUUCAGGUACUAAAACCCAGGUUGUAUUUAUUCACAAGCUAUACGAUAUGUUGGAAGAUCCCAACAUUAGCCAUUUGAUCUGGUGGUCACCUUCACAGGAUUCGUUCUAUUGUUCACCUGGUGAAGAAUUCUCCAAGGUUCUUGCACAAUAUUUCAAACAUACUAACAUCUCAAGCUUUGUUCGUCAAUUGAACAUGUACGGUUUCCAUAAGGUUAAUGACUCACAAGAAUUUGAAUCCGGAAAUGGUCUGUCUGCCACCUCAGCUCCCGGAAGUAAUUCUAUCGGUUCCAGUCAAGUAAGUCGUUGGGAAUUUCGUCAUUCUUCAGCUCAAUUCCGUAAAGGUGACAUUGAAAGCUUGCGUUUGAUCAAAAGACGUUCUUCCAAGAACGUCAAUUCCCAUAAAGAAGUUGUCAACCUUAAAUCCAUUCCAUACGACGAGCAGCAUAUCAACCAAUAUCACCAAGCAUUACAUUAUCAUCAAAAUAAGCAACAGCAGUAUUUUGUGGGUCCUCCAGAGUCCCCCACUGCGGCUCAAGUUGUUUCUCCACAACAAUUGGUGCCAGCUCAGUAUGCUCCUAUACCCUUGCAGCAAGCUCAUUUGCAUCAGCAGCAGCAACAGCAACAGCAACAACAGCAACAGCAGCAGCAGCAGCGGAAGCUCGUGAUACAACAGCAUCCCCAACCUACUCCCCAAACAGCUUCUGUGCCAGCUGUUCAGCAGCAAAAAAACUCAAGUGAACCGGUGGAUCCUCGUGUGACUACAUCAGGUUCAACUCCUCAACCACCACAGAGCGUUCGUUCCCGGUCAGUAUCUCCUGCUACCUCUCAACCUUACCAGCAGCAAGCUCAACAGCCUCUUCAACAGCCAUUUCAAGUGCAAGGUGUACCUUCGUCUGGCAUUCCAUCACCUGGAAGCCAACAAAGUCAGUCAGUGCAACAGCAAGGACAACAGCAGCAGCAGCAGCAGCAGCAAGCCUCAAGAGGUCGUCCACAAGUGGCUUCACAAUCGUCAUUUGAAAACAGUGUGCAAUUGAAGUUCAUUGAAUUGAACAACAAGUACAGUAAUCUAUCCAAAGACUAUGAAGUUUUAUAUUCUAACUAUGAAGUCAUAUACAGUGAGUUGAACAAGACUCAUUCAGAUAUGAUCUCUUUAGUUGAAUCGUUUGAUAAAUUUCUUUCGGCAUCAGCCCCUCAGGUGGCCGUCGAAACCAAGAUAGAUAUCACAAGAGUUGAUUCUGCUGUUCCUGACCGGAAAGAAAAUCAAACACCUGUUCGUUCACUUGGGAAGCAUACUGAAGAAGAAACUGCUAGUCCAAUGACACGACCAUCGAAGGCUUCAUCAUCUGCAACUAUUGUUCUGGAAAUUAGUAAGUUGAAAAACUCCUUAAAGAGCCGUCGUUUACCUUUGUUGAUUCCUAUAUCGGGUUUGGGUUCUGGUAAUCCUGCUCCAUCAAACACCACAUACCAUUUGAACAGUCAUUCUGGGUCACGUAACCCAUCGGCUUCAAACAUAAUUCCGCAACCCUAUCCAUUGAACCCUCAUUAUUCAUUGCAUCUCCUGCGUUCAGACUUUCGUCAGACCAUUGUCAAAGAAGAAACAAACACUUCAGCUCUGGUUACCCCUUUAACAAACAAUAGCAACCGCCAUUUUUCGGUUUUAAUGGAUCCUUUGCAACCAUUACCUCAACGCCCAACUCGAGUAGAGGAAACAACACGGGUAAGGUCUGAAUCUAAAAGCUAUUCACCUUUAAGUGUACCUAAUCCUACACUGAAUGAGACUGAUAAAUUAAAAGACGGUGGUGAACUUCGUAUGUACCAACGUUCAGAUUCUCUUCCUGCACCACCUGCAUUAGCAUCCGUCAAGUCUGCUGAACCGCAUCGUCACUAUCUGAUGGGAGUUAUUUCCAACUUUGAGUUUUCCAAAACCGGAAAUGAGUCGAACGAAUCAGAAAAGGAAGAUGUUCGUAAGUUAUCACCAACUCCUGUUGAAGAGGAAGAAAAUUCUACUAAAACUCCUAUUACAACUACUGCCAUUGAAGUUCCCUUACCUGCUGUACCAAGUGUAACUUCAUCAACCAAUACCGUCAGCAUGGGAUCACCCGCUGUUGCAGCAAUUUCUGCAUCACCUGGUGCGUCUCCAGUAACAGAGCGACCAAUCUCGCCUAAUCCUUUGAAGCGGUCUCAUGGAUUGUCACUGGGAUACCAUUUGCCAUCUCUUAGUGAGUUGGACCGUACUAUCAAGGGUGGAUUACUUGGCACUAACGAGGAUGCCAAUAAAAGACGCAAGUUAUAA